AUGUACAGUUAUCCUUGUGGUGCUAAAAAGUUUUCUGUUUGUAGUAGUCUUUAUGUUAAUUAUCUUAAUAAACAAGAUCUUAAUAAGGUUUCUCAAGAGAAUGAAGAUGGUACUGAAUAUGAAAAUAAAACUAAAGCUGAAAAUAGGCCAUUACAUCCAAUUGCAGUUGGAAAGGAUUUAAAAGCUAAAAAGAAGUUGAUAAGUAAGUAG